GAUUCUUCGUGAACCUCCCCCCCUCCUCCCGCGCCGGAUGGUUCAGUCUCAAGAUGGCCGCCUCCAUCCUGCGGCGCUGUCUGUCUCCCGUUCAAACCUUCAACAAACGCGUUAAUUACAGAGCCGUCGCCAGGAGAUGUCUGCUGUCUUCGGCGUACACAGACCCUGCUGUUUGGGAGCAGAGACCCAAAGAUGCACAGGACCUAAGUCAGCUGGCGUCUCUGAUGGACAGAACGUAUGAGAGGAAGUUUCCCGUCAGCUCUUUGGUCAUUUCCAGGGUCAGAGAGGAUUUUACAUGGCGUUUUAAACAUAUAGUGCACUGCAUUCACACGGAGGACUCUGCUGCUCGUUUCAUAGAUAAUUUAUCAUCAAAAGAGGAGGUGGAUCAAGCCCAAUAUUACCUGUAUAAGUUUCGUCACAGUCCAAACUGCUGGUAUCUUCGGGACUGGACCGUUCACAGCUGGAUCCGACAUUGUCUUAAAUACAGCGCCAGAGAUAAAGCCCUCUACACGCUGAAGAACAAGGUUCAGUUCGGCAUGUUUCCCGAUGACUUCACCUUCAAUCUUCUGAUCGACUCCUUCAUAAAAGACCAGGACUUUAAAGGAGCCUGUUCGGUGGUGGAGGAAGUGAUGCUUCAGGAGUCGUUUGAGCGAAUCUCCACGCAGAUCCUGUCGCUUCACGCCCUCAGCAGGUACCUGGCGACCGAGCCCCACCUCGGGUGGGAGGAGGAGAGGAACCUGGGAGCGUGUCUGAUGCUGGCCGGACUCAAGCAGGAGAACUCCGUCGGCUUCAGCGCUCGUCUGCUGGGAUUGGCUCUCAUCGGUAAAGUGGAGCUGUCCCGAGGGAUUCACGCCGUGUUUCACAAGAUGCCCCUGAUCUGGACCUCGGGUUAUCUCGGGCGAGCCCUGGCCGUCAUGAGCGCCGCGUGCGACUUCAGAGACGUCAAGAUAUCUGAGGAAGUCCUGGCCCGCGUGGAGAAGAUCUUGCAGGAUCUCUCAGAGAACGUCUCCGACUCGCCGCCGGAGGAAGACGACGCGCUGGAGGCACGCAAGCUACCGGAGUACGUCAGCCGCUUCGAGGAGCUGAAGGAGCGCCUGGUGUCUCGGGACCGGACCGACUCGAGGAGUCUGGAGUCCCUGGCGUCGUCUCUGACGGGGAAGGCGCUGGCGGCGUGUGAAGACGCAGACCUGGCCGAGUACCAGCGGACGCUGAAGGACUGGGAGUCCGAGCGGCAGCAGCUCAUUCUCAGGGAAAGAGAGACGAGGGAGAAGAACCAGAAGAGCGUCUGAGCAGACCGCGUCCUGCAGACAGAGCAUUGUUUGUCGUGUUUAUUGUCUUUGGUUGGGUCGGUCGAGAUAGAGGUUUGUGUGUUAAUAUUAUUGGGAUUCUUUUUCAACGCCCUGUAAGUCCGAGCGGUAUAAAUAAACAAUGAAAAUACUCUUUUA